AUGAUAAAACGUACACUUAUUUUAUGUUUAUCUGUUAUAACAUUUCUGAAUAAUGUAAUAAUUGUAAAAAGUUCCUCAUUAUUAGGAAUAGAUUUUGGUAAUGAAUAUAUUAAGGUAUCAAUUGUAUCACCAGGUAAGGGGUUUAAUAUAUUAUUAAAUAAUCAGAGUAAGAGAAAAAUAUCAAAUGCUAUAUCUUUUGCUACCAAGGUAAGAACAUUUGAUGAAGAGGCAAAAGUUUAUAGCUCGAAACAGCCUCAUUUAACCUUAAUAAAUAGUAAUAACUUUUUGGGGUAUAAUAUAUUUGAUUGGUUAAAAAACAAUAAAGAAAAUUUGAAUAUUGAAAAUUACGACGAAAAUAAUGAAGCGUUUUAUAGUGACAUAAACAACUACGAUUUUGAACAUGGGGAUCCUGCUUCAAAAUAUUUUGCAUAUGAUUAUGUGGUUGAUAGUAAAAGAGGAACUAUUAACUUAAAAUUAAAGAAUGACAUGGUUUUAUCGUCUGAAGAGGUCAGUGCAAACAUAUUAGGUUAUAUUAAAAAAUUAGCAUACACUCAUUUAAAUAUAGAUUAUAAAACAAAGAGAACUUUAAAUGUAAAUAUUGGUUGUGUUAUAUCAGUACCUUGUAAUUUUUCUCAAAGAAAAAAGGAAGCCAUAGUAAAUGCAUCAAAAAUAGCUGGUUUAGAAUUGUUGAGUAUAGUUAAUGGGAUAACAGCUGCAGCUAUUCAUAAUGUGCAUGAUUUGCCAUUAAAUACGACGAAGCUGACUAUGUAUUUAGAUGUUGGGAGUAAGAAUAUAAAUGUAGGUAUCGCAACGAUUAGUAAUGUGGAGAAGGACAAAGUUCGUUCAAGAAGUGUUAAGGUAUAUGCAUGUGAGGUAUUGGAAAAUAGUUCAGGAAAUAAAAUAGAUGUAUUAUUAGCAGAAUUUUUAAGGAAAAGAUUUGAAGAGAAACAUAAUAUUUCUAUGAUUAAUGAUAGAAAGGCAAUGAGGAAAUUAAUAAUAUCUGCAAAUAAGGCAAAAUUAUUAUUGAGUGCUAAGAAGUCAGCUGAUAUAUUUAUUGAAAGUUUAUAUAAUAAUAAAAGUUUAACAGAUAGUGUUAGUAGGCAAGAAUUUGAAGAUUUAAUUCAUGACAUAAUUAUGAAUUUUAAACGACCUAUUAAUAAUGCUCUUAAAAAAGCGUCUUUUGAAUUAAAAGACAUUGAAGCAUUAGAAUUAAUAGGAUCAGGAUGGAGAGUACCUAAAGUGCUAAAUGAAAUUACCAAUUUCUUUAACCCUUUAAAAGUAGGUAUGCAUCUGAAUAGUGAUGAAGCUGUUACUAUGGGUACUCUUUACAUUGCUGCUUAUAAUAGUGCAAAUUUUCGACUAAAAGAUUUAGACUAUACAGAUAUUAUUUCGAAUGAAUAUCAUGUAUUAUUUGAGGACAGUACUAAAACUAAGGAUAAUGAAUCUAGUGAUGAGAAAAAUAUACAGAAAGAAUUAAUUAGCUACAAUUCCAAGUACCCUGUUACAAAAAGUGUUAUAUUAAAAUAUAGAGAUAAUUUAAAGAUUUCGGUUUUUGAGAAUGGGAAAAUGAUUACGCAGUAUUCUGUAAAUCCUUUAGACGACGGGACAAAGAAGAAAUAUGAAAAUUUAGAUCCUCCAAAAAUAAAGCUAAAAUUUCAUCUUGAUAAAUUCGGUGUUCUGAAUAUGGAAAGCAUGCACCUUAUGUACGAGGAGAAGAAGCAAAUGGAAGGAAGCGAAGAGGGAAAAGAAAAUAAAGAAGGUAAGAAGGAUGACAAGGAGGAUAAAAAUGAAGAUAAGAAGGACGAUAAGGAGGAUAAAAAUGAAGAUAGGAAGGACGAUAAGGACAGCAGUGAAGAAAUUAUCGAAGAAAACCUCGAAAAGAACGAGGAGCAAGGGUCGCAGCAGCGGCAAGGUGGUGAAGAAAAUAAGGAUACAGAUAAAACAGAAAAGAACAAAACACAAGUAGUAAAACAUAAUGUAUCAUUAACAUACGAAAUUAAGCAUAUAAAGCCAAUGACUCUAACAUAUGAAGAAAUAAAGACAAAGAAGGAAUUCUUAAAAAAACUAGAUCAGAAUGAUAUCAAUAUUUUUUUGAAAUCGGAAAAAAAAAAUAAUCUAGAAUCCUUUAUAUAUGAAAGUAGAAGUAAAAUGAAACAAGACAUGUAUAAACAAGUUUGUAAGGAAGAAAUCAGAAAUGAAUAUUUAAAAAAAUUGGAAGAAUAUGAAGAGUGGUUGUAUAUAGAAAAUGAUGAACCAUUAGAAAAUGUAAGUAACAAAAUUAGAGAGUUAGAAGAUAUUUAUAUUCCCGUUAAAGAAAGGGCAGAAGAACUACAGAUAAGAGAUAAACUUAUCGAAGAAACGAAUUCAAAAAUAAAAGAAAUGAAAGAAAAAAUUAAGGAAUAUUAUGAAAAAAAACCAUGGGCUGAACAAACAAUUAAUGUGGUAAGGGAUUCAUUAGAAAAAGAAAUAACGUGGUGGAUUCAGGCUCAAGAAGAACAAAAAAAAUUAGAUAACUAUUCUCCGCCUUAUUAUAAAGCUAAGGAAGUAGAACUAAAAUUUAAAUCAAUUAACUCAUUAGUGAAGAGCCUUGAAAAAAUUAAAAAACCUGUAGUAAAGAAGGAAAAAAAAGAGGAAAAUAAAAAUACGGAUGAAACGAAGACACAAAAUUCAUCACAAGAAAAUAAAGAAAACGAUAAGAAUAAUGAAAAUAACAAUGAAAUUCUAAAUGAGAAAAAAGAUAAAGAAGAUGCAGUUAAUGACAACGUGAAUAAAACAGACACAAAUACGCAAAAAGGAAGUGAGGCAGAGGAGCAAAAUAAUUCUCAGGAAAAUACAAAUGAUGCACAGGAGAAGAAGGAUGAGCUUUGA